GGGGCCUGGGCGUCGGGCCCCCUCGCUGCGCGGAGCCUGAGUCGCCCCCGGUCCGCGAUGGCCACUGAGCCCCCCGCCUUGCGGCUGCGCCAGGCCGCCCCGGCUCCCGCGUCCCCCGGCCAGCCGCCUCCGCCCCCGCCGCUCCUCCUCAACGGCUGCGUGCCGCUCUCGCACCAGGUGGCGGGGCACAUGUACGGCAAGGACAAAGUGGGCAUCCUGCAGCACCCAGAUGGCACAGUCUUGAAGCAGUUGCAGCCACCACCUCGAGGCCCGAGGGAGCUGGAUUUCUACAGCACAGUUUAUGCUGCUGAUUGUGGGGACAGUGUUCUCCUAGAACUACGGAAAUAUUUGCCAAAAUACUAUGGCAUCUGGUCACCACCUACUGCACCAAAUGAUUUAUACCUAAAACUGGAAGAUGUGACGCAUAAAUUUAACAAGCCCUGUAUAAUGGAUGUAAAAAUAGGGCGGAAAAGCUAUGAUCCAUUCGCCUCUUCUGAGAAGAUUCAGCAGCAGGUCAGCAAGUACCCAUUAAUGGAAGAGAUUGGGUUCUUGGUGCUUGGCAUGAGGGUUUAUCAUGCCCAUUCUGAUAGUUAUGAGACACAGAACCAGCACUAUGGAAGAAGUUUGACUAAAGAAACAGUCAAAGAUGGAGUGGCCAGAUUUUUUCAUAAUGGUUACUGUUUGAGAAAAGAUGCAAUUGCUGCCAGCAUUCAGAAGAUUGAGAAAAUUCUUCAGUGGUUUGAAAGCCAGAGUCAACUUAACUUUUAUGCAAGUUCCUUACUGUUUGUUUAUGAGGGCUCAUCUCUGCCAGCAGCUCACAAAUUGGGUGAUGGAACUUCAGCAGAGAAGACCUUUUGGGCCAAAGGACAGCUGCCAGAUUCCGGAGUGCUCGAAUAUAACAACAACAUUCACUUACUGAGUUCUGCAGAGAAUGGAAAAGUGGGGGCCUCUGUAGGCAAAGUGUAUGUGCGUCAUAAAGAAGCAUAUUCCAAGAAUCAUCACGGUCAGACUUCAUUGAAAGUUGAAAAUAGGGAGCAAGGCAAUGUAUGGAAAAGCAGCAAUUGUAUGUCACAGGAACACUUGAAUGGCAAUGUUCUCUCUCAACUGGAAAAAGUCUUCUACCACCGUCCUGCAGAACUCCUUGAAAGUGCAGAUGUGGAAGUGCGGAUGAUCGAUUUUGCUCAUGUGUUUCCUAGCAACACAAAGGAUGAGGGAUAUGUUUAUGGGCUGAAACAUCUAAUUACUGUACUGCAAAAUAUUUUAGAUAAUUAAAUUCUUUGCUACGUUCUUUUUAUGGGGCCAAUGAUAACGAAGAGCAGCAACGAAUCUCUGCCCUUGUAAUGUUAUGUAACAGAUUUGUAUUGUGAUUCAACUACAUUUUAUUUGUCUUUGUACUUUUUGGUAGAAGGGUUCACUUUUUUAUACUCUUACUCAGGAAAACUAAUUAAUAGUUGUUCGUUAAAAGACUAUGAACAAAGAAAAAGACAUAGGAAAUGUUAAGCAGGGGGAUGUGGUGGUACAUGACUUAAUCUAUGUCUCUUUGGCCUAAGUUAAAUAAAAACUCUUGAGUUUGAAGGGUUCGGUUUUAGCUUCCUGUAGCAAAUUCAUCAGUGCACCCCUGUCCACCCAGCCUUGCCGUUGAGCCAUAGUGAUUAGAAAAUAGGUGGAAAACUAGAAGGGAUAAGUUGAUGUCCUCAAUCUCUUCUGUGGCCCGGACCAAGUCACUAAACUGGAGAAAGUCCGAGGUGAUGAAGAAGUAAUAGUGAUAAAGUGUAGAUUCUCUCUUCCAUGUUCAGACCAGCAGCUCACAGGUGCUAAGGUGCUUCUUUCUCAAAGUGGAUAAUAUUCUUGUUGCAUUUAAAAAAGACAAUCCCUUUUAUUUCCAAAAUAGUUUGUUGAAAGAUAAUAAUAGACUUCCUACACUGUCUGUCUGAAAUAAUAAAAAUGGUUUGGAAUCUGAAGGGCACUGAUUGUUAUUGCCCUGAGCAAAAAAAAAAAAAAUUCCCUCUUUUAAAAAAGUCUUACAUUUCAAAGAUGAGUGCAUUUUUACAGUUUUCUUCCCUGAGAGAAUUAAAAUUCUUAACUCAAUGGAGGAUAGAAGUUCUGCCUUUAUAAUUUUUUUAAUUUUGAUAGUGUUUUUCCUCUUAGAGGCCAUUUCAUUUUACCACCAUUUGUUUGUGAGAAACCAUAUGGACUUGUUACUAAAGUAAUGUCUCAGUUAUAAGGAAGGACAGCUGUCCUUCCUUAUGAUCGUGAGUGAUUAUUCAGAAGUAAAUUUUUUUUCCUUUGGUGUAUUAUAAUAGGAUUCAGAGCUUUUUUCAUAAAAUCCAACUUUCUACUAUUGUAUCCAAGGCAGUAGAGUUGAAUUAUAAGUAUAUAUAGUCUUACAUUUCAGAUCACAUCCAACGAUGACUUUUAUCUUUAGAAUUGAAUUUUAUUGAGGGAAGAUGCCACUUUGCACACAUUCUUAGGUAUUUUUAUAGAAAUUGAAAAAUUGGAUUCUUAAGUAUUUGCUGUAAGUGAACAAGAAAAAAAAAAACUUUCAUGAUGCCAUAGCCUUUUUUUGAAAUCGUAUACCUGAAACUUUUUUCACAUUCAUUUUUGGUAGGGGUAGGGCUAUAUUUUGUUGCAUUCUUUUGGUUCUAUUUAAGUCAGUCAUAAUUUGAAAGACUAGUUCAUAAUGGAAAAAUGUCAUUGGGAGUUUACUUGAGUUUAGUUUCAGUUUUGCUUAGAGGUGAAAACAUAAGACAAAACACAUUGUAGUUCUGGCUUCAAGGUUAGUUUGCAUCUUGUAGACUGAAGUCAGAGUCUGUUGAAAAACAGUCAGAAAUACUUGGGUCCUUUUGUUUUUAAGUUGUAGAUUAAGUUGAAGGGGAAAUGUUGAUUAUUGUUGUUUGGUUUUUUUAAAUCUUUUUUAUUGCAAUCCAUAUACUUAUUCUUGUAUUUUGAUUCAUUUCUAAAUUUGCCACAUUCCAGGAAAAUGUUUGCUUGGCUGUUGGUUGUUUUUUGGCUCUUCCACACAGUAGAUAGCUUGGAAAAGAGAAAAUGUUUUUAAACCACUGGUAAGGGUGACAGUUAUUUGUGCUCAUAAACCCCAGUUUCUUGUCUUUCUUCCUUCUUUCUUUUGGUUGGGGGGUAGGACGACAGGAAUGAUCUUGACUUCUUUCCUAACUCAGAGACUAGGAUGCAAAAUGCCUGAGUCUGAAAAAAUAGAGCUCCUCUAUGUGAGUUCAUUUUGUGAUUGAACAGGACCUUAAUAAAUUCUGUAGCAUUUUGAAAUCUGGUUGCAUUUUAUAAUUUAAUAUGCAGGAGAAAAAUACAGUUUAGGAAUCAGUUUUGAGAAUUGGUUUCAAAUCCUCUGAUAGCAGUAAUUGGGCUUUUAUAAUUUGUUCUAGGAUGCUUCCUGCCCCCCUCCCUUAUCCCUGUAGUCUCUGUUUUAUACUGCACACCAUGAGGCCAGCAAAAUAACGGUGAAAUCUUUGGGUUGAAAAAGAAAAGCAAAGAAAAACCAAAUUCAAGAAAAUUACCUUUUAUUUUUUCCUUAAGAAAGGCCAUUAAUAUUAUGAGUUCAUUAAACCCAAAACUCAGAAGAUUAACAUUAUUUUAAGUCUGAUUUAACUGUGACAAGAGCCUUUGCAUAGAAUAGCAUUUGUGCAUCUACUGUGAGUUUAACACAUUUGUGUUAUUUGUGGACUGGGUUUUUUUUUUUUUUUGCACAUUCUAGAUCAGUAAAGUAUGGAAUAAGAAUACCAGAGUUGUUUUCACCUGUCAUUUCAGGUAUAUUUUUGUGAAAUCAGUAUCCUAUCUUUGGUUAGCGAAAUCCACUUUUUACAGCAAAGCAAUUUAUCUGUUUUUCAGGGAUGGGAUUAGAGUUUAAUUCUUUUUGUUUACAUUUUUACAUCAUUGUCAUCUAAGGCCCCCUUUUAAAGUUUCUUAUCUAGAACUUAAUGAAUCAGAAUAUACCUGGUUAAACAACAGUCCUCAAGUUAAAAAAAAAAAACCACAAUAACAAAACCUAUCAUCAUUUAGGGAUUUGUGCUAAAAUUAACCACUGUGGGAACUCAUGUUCACAAUUUAUCAAACAGUUAAGUGUAUAAGAGUUUUAAUUUAAGCAAUAAGCAUGACAAGGACCUUUUAUGUUAAUGGGGUUGUCAUAGCUGUCAAAGGAAGCAUUACAAAUAUUGGUUUUAGCAUAUUCCCUGUGAAUGCAUCCACUCAGAGGAAUUUCUGAGAAUUGUGAUAACUAUGUAAACAUUUCUCUAAUAAAAUUGAAAUUAUACAAUAGUUUUUAUAACAAAGUAUUUACAUUAAUUGGUAUUUUUAAUAUGGAUGGAAAUGACAGAUUGAAUCACAAACUAUUAAGCAAUUACAAAAAUGUUCAAUAUUUUAUUUAAAUAGUUUUACAAAAAAAAACUAUGAAAACAUAUAUUAUUAAAUGGCUUUAACAUGGAGCUUGUAUUUUCAACCCAGUGUUGGUUAAUUGUUAUGCAUGUACAGAAAGAUUGUAUUUUUCUUUCUUUUUUUACACAUUACCAGUUCACCAUUUCCAGUUUUAAGACCGCAUUCAACGGAGUAAGACAUUUUCACCUCUCAGCUUGGAUACAGGUGGAUGUUUAAGAGGACUGGCAUUACCCAAGGUGCUGGCUUGCAAAGUUCUUUUUAUGUAUUUGGAAUAUAGUUUAAAAAAAAUUUAGAGUGGAGGAAAGAGGGUAGAACCAUUAAGAGAUUUGUUGUCAAAAUAAUUUAAAGAUCUAGUUUAAAGUGUCCAUUUUAAAGAGUUGCUAUCACUUUGGUAGUAGCCUUUUGUCAAAACUUUUGCCAUUUGCUGAUUAAAAUUUUGUUUGCUUCUCAAAUUGUUUACAUCGCUUUGCAAUAACUUUCCCUCUUGAGUGCCUUCAACCCUUGAUUUGGUACCUUUGUAACCUUAUUUAUGGAAUCUGUGACAUCCCAGGAUGGAGUUUUCAAGAGGCUAGUAUGUAAAAAAUGUCGGAAUUUCAAAAACAUGGAUCAGUUCAAAUGCUUUAUGUGAUAUCAGAAAUGAAAAUUCACAUUAAAGCUUAGUCACCGUCUAAGAAGAAGUCAUAAUUUUAAAAAAUGUGAUUAUUUUCAGACCAAAUUUAGUUUGAUACUUAAGACGAUAUGAAUUUUUUUUAAAAAAUUAUCUUUGAAUAUGUUUCUGUGAAAUACAAAAUGUAUCCAGUAUUGAGAGUUGAGAUGGCUCCUAAAACCUAGUUGGAAAUGCUUUGAGUUCGUAUUCUACAGUGGCAUUACCCCUAUUCAAUCCUAGAGUUUGUGUAAUGAUGACAGAUGACAUCCAAAGGCCUUAAGUUUGCUUAUUUCUUGUCCAGAUGGUACGUUUUACUUAUAGUGUUCAUUCAAUGAUAUAUAAAGUAGAAUAAUGUAGUAAAAUUACUGUGAAGUACAAUUCUAUUACAUAUCCACAAGCUAAAUACACACAUUUUUUCAUAUAGAACAAUUUAAUAAUAUUAUUGUACUAAUAUUUAUUUUAGACCUUGAUCCUGUGUUUUCAAAGUGCAAAUACUUUGAAUAUGAUAGGAUAAAAGUUCCUUUUGAAAUGUAGGCAAAAUUAUUAACUUGUAACAUAAACUAUUAAUGUCAUGGAAGGGUUGAAGGCCCCUCUUUUUGGAGUCAAUGUUAGAAUCAGUUAUUCCCAAUUAUUUUGAUAGACUCCCAUACGAGGGAUCAUACUCAAGUGUUUAAACAGUAAUUAGAGUGUUUUUAAGUCUUUUCUUUGAAAUUUUGUAGUUAUUCGGGUUGUUUUAAUAUGGUGUUCACCUAUGGUAUGUGUUAACAACUUUAAAUAUGAAGUGAAAUAUCCUAUAAACAAUGUAUAUUGCACCUGCUUAUAAAAAGAAAAUGGAGUGCACAAAGACACUUUAUUACUCUGGGAACUGGACUGGAAAGUGUAUGAGAACACGUGAAAUUGCACCUAAAGUUUUGUUGUUAACUGAUGAUUAUAAAAUGAAAAGCUAAAUUGAUUGUACUUGAAUGAAUGUACUUAGUCUGGUCUUAGUUACUUUGAUUUAAAUGUCUAAAUUAUGUCUCCUUAAAAAUGUGUUCGACUGUAAUUCAUGCUGUUGGGCUUUGGGGGCCAUUACUGGACUGCAGGGGUUGUUGAUAUGUAACUUGUAUUCAUUAUUUUAUAGAAUCAUCUAUUCCAGUUUUAUAAUUUAAGUGAUAUUUAGAUCAUCCUAAUAACUGUAUAUUUGGCAAACCAUUAAAAAUUUUCAGUGAUGUUUUCCCCCCUUGA